AAAGAUUGAAAGCAGAUUGAAAUUUUCUAACAAUCAAUAUGAACAAAUUCGACAAAAUAGUUAUAAUAAUUAUAGUAGCAAAUAUUUUAAUCCAUAUGAAGGUUAUUAUAAUCAACAAUGUGAUACUGAAAUAACAAAUUAUUCCUUAAAUGAAGAGCUCGAAAACGACGAAAGUCAUGAAUACGAAGAUGAUGAAAACAUUAAAGAUUUAAUCAUUGAUGAAAAAAUUGAAUCUGAAAAUAGAGAAUAUUACAUAAAUAAAAUCAAAGAUCUAAUUGAAGAAAGCGAUCUAAAUGUUAAUUAUUCUAUGGAAAAAAUUAAUUCAGGUGAAUUCAGUGAAGUGUUUAAGGCAACUCAUAAAAUAACAAAUAAAGUUAUUGUUAUUAAAUCGAUUUCAAUAAGGGAUUCGAAAUUUCUAAAUAUUUUAUAUAAUGAA